AUGUUGAAACGAGGUAGCAAAAAGCAAGAGAGAACUUUGCUGAAUUCGAGUCCAUUGUUGUCAGAGUCCUUCGAACGAGUCCCUGAAAGUGCGAAACAAAGCAAGAAAUCAUGGAAGCUCUUUGGCAGCAGCAGCAAACCAAAGAAUGGUUCCGGCAAAAACGCAAGACAAACUUCCUAUGACUAUGAUUAUGGUGAUGAUGAUUAUUACUAUAAAGAUGAUGAGGAUGCCAUGAAGGCAUGGGAACCAGCUCCCUCCUUUUUGCCCUUUCCAAGUCAAGUGGAAGAUGAUGAGGAAAAUUCACCAGAACAGCAACCGCGAAUGCGAAUUACCGACAAUGAGACAACUACGAGAACGCUAGCGGAUCAUGCCAAACAACAGCAACGACAACAGCAACAGCCAGAAGAAGAAGUUGAAGAUUUAUUUCAGCAUAGACAACCACAACAACUGCUAACUCCACAAAGCGAGUCCCAAACUCCAACUGCAGUAGUGAAGCAACAGACGUCGGCACCACCUUCCAGGCCACCGCCCUCUCCUACGAAAAGGCAGCCACAAUCUGUGCCACGGCAACAGGCCACCAAACCCCGAUCUCCGAAAAAGACCUCUCCCAAUCGCAAUACGAACCUUCCGCUCCCUGUAGCUCCGACCUAUUUGCAAACCACCAAGGCUGUCUUGGCGAGACCAUUUGGUCGGGAAUCCUUGUUAGUGAAGGACUGUAGGUGGAUCGUCCAAGUAUCGGCCGCCGAAUGGGCUGACGAUACAUGGAUGUAUCGGGUGACGGUGCAAGAGCGACAGGGCGAUACCGUUCAGCUACAAGAUUAUGGAUUUUGCCUGAGGAGUCUAUCAGAUUUUGGUUGGCUCGAACAAGCCUUGAGCAUUGAAUAUCAAGGGGCACUCUUGCUGCCGUCCCUUUCGAUAUCCUUGGGGAUUCCUCACGACAUUGUGUCGUCGCCACAGCCACCCGAAGUCGAAUCACGAGCACUUGCUGGAUGGUUGAGUGAUGUGCUGAAUGGCAUUCGAGGACAAGGAGAAUUGAUUCUGUCUACGGAAAAGAUUAAUUUGAUUGAUUCGGAAUCCCUGGAAGCCUUUUUGUAUCGACAGGAACUGGUGGGAUUUGAUGAGUAUGCUCACAUGGAACAUACACCCAGAUCACAGCAAAAUUCUUCCCAUGUUCUUUCUCCUGAUGGAAGGUUAGAAAUGACCCCGCUAUCAAAUGAAGGAGACUCGAAUGACCAGUUACAAAACAAUCCUUUCUGGGAUUUAUUAUUCUGUGGGGCAUCCAACUCGUACGAUCCGUCGGAUGAUCUACCGCCGUCGCCAUCGAGAGCCAAGAUGUUCCGAAAGUCCAACGUAUCAUCGAAGGCACUUGGGGACUCGAGGACAUUUCAAUUACAAAACUCGUUUGUGGAGUCAUCGCCUACCUUUGAUUUGUCAAGUUCGCCUCUCGCUCGACAUUUGUCACUGCUUCAAGCCGAGCGAGAUUUGGUUUGGGCAUGGCGAGCAAGAGCUUUGGGAAGCAUGGAAUUGCUUGGAAAAUUAAAGGAGCAGGAAAAGAAUGUCGGAGCUGCCUGGAAACGAUUUGCCAUUACGGUAUCUAAUCUCUUUACCUAUGAAAAGGAAAUGGAAUUCGUUAAACUCGGAGACGCCAAGCGAACUAAACUUCAAAGCCCCUACCGCAAGUUGCACAGCUCCACAGUGGAUGAAUGCCUGCGGGUCCUAACCAAUACCAAAAUGGAUCGGUCAAUAGCUGGUCUCGAUGUGCUGGAGGCCAUGUUGAAUGCUUACAUUGGAGAUCUCAGUUCUGUCCAUCCAUCCUUUGAAUCAUACUUGGAGAGUCUUCACAACGUGUCCAUGAUAUCUCAUGAAAUGAUGGAGCAACGGCUUGCAAACAAGCAAGUGGUCGAAGAAAAGAAGUCGCAAGAACCAAACGACGCGUCGGUCCAAAAGUUUCUAACGAAUGAACGGUUAUUUGCCGAAUCUCUAACAACGCUGUGCUGCACAGCUCCGUUGCGAACGUCUCGGAUGGCACACAAGUAUAUUGAAAAGGAACACGAGAAAGCCCAAUCUGUAGCAAAGACUGCGGAUGGAAUGGUCAGCAAAAUCUCAGUUUUCCCCAAGGAGACGCUCGCCAAAGUCAUUACUCGACAUGGCAGGGAAGAACAGGAAGAUAGGACGACUGAAAUGACAUUGGUCCAACGUAUUGUGGGCAUUGGCAAUAACAAGAAAUUUGUGCCGCCUGACCAGAACACGCAAGAGGUGGAGAAGGGCGUAGAAUUGAGCAAAGAAGAUCAAAACGAAGCGGCCCAGCGUGCCGCGAAACGAGACAAUGCUCUUCGAAUGUGUCGGGAACGAAUGGGGCGAUGGGAUUCCAAGGUCGCAAUGGCUAUUAUGGAAGCUGUGGGCGUUGGUGAUGCGAAUGUCAGAGUGGAAGAAACCACUCGGGAGCUUCGAUUGGUCCGAAAAUUUGCAAUUGGAUUACGGGAACAUAUGCAACGAUGUGUGGAAGCCUUGGAGACCUUGAAAAGUAGUAUGGAGGCUACCAAUGGAAAAGAAGUCAAGCAGCAUUUUGUAACCGAACUUCAGAAUGUACUUUCGACCAUGUUCAUGCCUUCGGACAUCAACGCUGCGCCAAAAAUACCAUUCGACCUAUUGAGGAAGCAUGGAAUUGCACUGGACGAUCCAUUGGGUUGGCUUCAAGCGUCAGGUAGAACUUGCGGAGGUGAGAUUGCCAACUACAUGAAUACGCGGGAGUCUGGAACGGAUUGGUUGAUCAAUACUCUCGGCGAAUUGCUAAAAGACUACAACGAACGAGUGGAAUCAAUCGAGUCCUUUGUGUACAUGGAGUGUGUUGGAAUUCAGCUCGAGAAGCACUUUUCACAGCAUCGCGCUACAGCUCUGGCUGCCUUUGAAAAGAAGACGGACAUUACGUCUGCGAUUAAUAUUGCUACGCGCAAGCGUUUGCCUCAAUUGGUGAAAGACUUGCAAGUAAAGUUGGAAACCGUUGGAGCAGAUGUAUCUCACACAACGGUGAAGGAGGCAAAGGAGGCUCACUUGGAAUCCAAAACACUAAAACAAGAAUUGAGUGUAUUGAGCAUGAGGAGGCUAACAAGAUCGAAGGAAAUUUCGACGGAGCGAGUUAUUGCUUUGAUGACCAUUUGGUCAAAGGAAGAAGAGAGUUCGUCGCGUGAAGCGAAGAUUGCUCUGAAGAACUUUGCCCAAUCUUUGGAAUACCGCAUUGGAGAAGACGAUUUGAAGCAAUAUUUGGAGGCAUCUCCUUCACCGGCAAGAUAA